CACUGUGAUUCAGCUCGAUGGGAAGGCAACCAGACGAUCGCGUGACAGCUGUUCCGAAGAUAAAACUGCGGCUACUAGGAUUCGCCCGCCAGUAGUGGCCAAAGAAACCAUUCCGCUGUACAGUACCUAUUCCAAGGGAGCUUCCGAGGCAGCGUUUCGCACUGCGUUCCUAGCACUGUGGUCCACUAUGUCCGCCCGGGCACCAGCAGGGAAGGCGUCCAAGUCUGCGAAGGGAAAGUCUCGAUCGUCGCGGGCUGGACUACAGUUCCCGGUUGGCCGCAUCCACCGCCUGAUGAGCAAGGGCAACUACGCGGACCGCAUAGGGGCCGGCGCCCCGGUCUACAUGGCCGCUGUGCUGGAGUACCUGACCGCCGAAGUGCUCGAGCUGGCGGGUAACGCGGCUCGCGACAACCACAAGACGCGCAUCACGCCACGCCAUUUGCAGCUGGCAGUGCGCAAUGACGAAGAGCUGAGCAAGUUGCUGUCGGGAGUCACUAUAUCCGAGGGCGGCGUGUUGCCCAACAUUCCACAAGAGCUUCUCCCGAAGAAGUCCGGCGGAGGUCAGCAUCAGCAGAAUGGCCACAAAGGGGCCGAUGCGGGCGGUGGAAGCCAGUCGUACUGAGGGCCCGGGUCUCGUCGGACGGUCCGUCAAACGGUACCGGCACUCAAAAUAAAGUCUACUUCAAGCUUUU